UAUGAUCACUAAUUGCUUUUCAUCGGGAUCGCCUUCCUCGAUGUAGGUUUACCCGGCACAGUGUUGUGUACAGAAAAUAUUCACCCCAGGAGAAGGACAGGAAAUAUCAGCUGCGAUAUCGGCGCUAUCUUAUCUUGGAUCUGAGGAAACGGGUGUUUCCUACCAUCACAGCACCUCGUCACACGCUGCCGGAGAGCUAGCGUGACGGCAGAUGGCGCGUCACCUUCGUAGUGACUUUCACCGACUCUCCUCAUAUGAAUUUUGUCGAGAAACUACAUAGCGUGAGAGAUAAGAGUUUAGUCAUUGUAAGUUUUGCUUCCACGUUUAUAUAAACAGUUUGUAAAGUUAAUGUUUUGUUCGGCGGUUUCCUGCCUAAAUCGGUAACACACUUCCGGUUGUCGACAUCUUGUUAGGCCCUUCCGGUCUCGUGCCCCCAAAUGGCGCGAAACCAUAACAAACUGACGAGAAUUCAGCUUUCUACUCAGAUAAGAAAAGGUCAAAGCGAAGCGUAAAAGCUACAGUCGCUCAACUGUGACCCGUAAUCUAAAGAGCUUGGUUGGUUUACGGAUCAUUGCGUUCGUGCCGAUCUGAGUAAAUCUUCAGUGUUGGUAAUUUUGCGGUUUUCUGUGACGAAGUCGGAAUGUGAUAAGAGCGGGCCGAGCAUCCCUGGCUGUCAGUGCAUGGUUAGACUUUAGCGCCGUCAAAUAUCAGAAGGGACCGAAACCAACUCACGAAACGCAGCAAUGGCCACUCUAGCGAGGACUAUCGUCUGUCUCCUCGUGAUCUACAGUGUGAACAUUGGUUUGUCAUCCACUAAAAGAAAAAAGUGUCCCCGAGUUUGUGCAAGAGAGUUUCGCGAACUUUUGGACAAGAAAUUUGAGAAAGUACCGGCUGGUCCACGGGGCCCACGAGGACCACGGGGUAGGCAGGGUGUUCAAGGCCCAAUUGGACCACAGGGCCUUCCUGGUCCAUCAGGGCCUCAGGGACCCCCUGGCCAACAGGGACCAAAGGGGGACCCAGGUGCAUUAGUAUCCCUGCCUAGGUGUGGCGCAGGAGAGUACCUGACGUCAGAUGGGCGGAGACUUCUCUGUGUCAAAUUUGAUGCAUCGCUUUGUAGUGCUGUUGCAAGCUGCACAGGUGGAGAAGUCGUUCAGCCAGUCACCACUGCUGCCACAACGAUUCCCACCACAGAAACCCCAACAAUGGGUUUUGUUAACAUGACGAAGUUCAUGAAGCGAUACAUGAUCCAGACUUUGUACACAGACGCAUGGGACCUCGGUACAUUCUACAUCGGUCAGCAGCUAUUCCUGGGGGUGUCUCAACUUGGCAGCAAAAGCUUUGUGGUCUACAAAUGGCGACGAGUAGAAAACAAGAGCAUAUUCUUCAACUUCCAAGUCCUCAAAGUUGCCAAUGCUCGCAAAUGGCAGCCGUUCAGGAUCGGAGGCGAGCAAUACUUCGCCGUGGCUAGCAACUCCAGGAACUUUGAUUCCCCGGUCUUCAAAUGGGUGGAUAACCAGUUUGUGCCUUUCCAAACUCUCCAAACCAAGAAAGCAUUCGACGUGGAGCCCAUCUUCAUCGGCAAAGACGUGUUUCUGGCAGUUGCCACCUUUUAUGGACCUUAUUCGCAUAUCUUCAAGUGGAACGGGGAGAAGUUCACGAGGUACCAGAGUAUUGUGGCGGCGGGGUCCGACCUGGAGACCUUUACUAUAGAUGGCGGGGUUUUCCUAGCGAUUACUGGCCCCGCUUCUCGAGGUCCUUACGCGACCAUUUACAAAUGGAGCGGCUCAAGAUUCGAGAUGUUCCAGCGGUUGUACACAGAAGAGCGUGCGUAUGGCCUAAAGUCAUUGAAGGUUGAAGGAACACCAUAUUUGGCAGUGGCCCGGUGGGGUGCGGACUCGUCGCUGAUAUUCCAGUGGAAUGGGACCACAUUCAACGAGUUCCAGAGAGUUCCAUCUAAAAGGGCACGUGAUUGGGUGAGCAUUACCUCGCCAUAUAUGGGCAAAGAGAAGACGUACCUUGCUAUCAUCAGCAGUGGCCUCGAUCCCGUGAUCUAUGCGUGGGACAAGUAUCACUCUAGAAAGUUCGCCAAGGUCCAGUCCAUCUCGUCCGCACGGACACGUGACAUGACGUUCUUCAUCAUGGGAGAGAGGGUCUACCUCGCGGUCGCCUCACACCGGAGCACUGGGAUCUACCAAGGCUCGUGAACACGUGACCUCGCGUGAAACCACCACGCAAUACAUGUGACAAGAUGUAACGCUAGCGGCGUAUUUGCUCUGUUAGAGCGAAGAUUGAUUGACAUGUAGCGUCAGACAUUCAACUACCAAGGCUCGUGAUUGUGUGACUUGUAAGAAUUGAGUUACGCAGUGCGUCUGAUUAGCAUUAACGCUUUGUAUACUUGCUGCGUUUGAGCGUUUUUUUUUUUCACCAGGACUUGGCGUUCUUUUUCAGACACCACUUUUUCUAAAUAUGGUGAUCACGUGAUACAUCACGCAACACAUCAGAUUAAAUAUCAGGAUCUAUACAACAAUCCUCUUGUUUGUAUUAGUAAAUAUAUGUAACGGCUGUAAAUACCUUUUUGUAUCACCAA